AUGGGGAGGAUCAAGAAGACCGCCACCGAGCGUCAUGAGGCGACUAUCUCUCCUUACAUUACCAAUUUCAUCAAGACUUUGGUCGAGCUACCUCUGCACAAGGUGCCCGAACACAUCGCUUCAUUCCCACACAAUUGGCCGUUCCCCAGAGGCGACCUAUAUCACUGGAUCGCUCCGUUAAAUCGCUUCGACCGCAUUCUUGAGGGUUUCACUACCGUGUAUGCUUUGGACAAGGGCCCACAGACACAGCCAUUCGAGCUACGGCUAUUACAGAAGGGCGACGCUGAGGAUGGUUCAGUGACCGAGGUGUCGGUGCAAGAGCUCGAGGCAUGCGGAUAUUCAGCAGAUGGAGAUCGCGAGCUCGUAGAGAGCAUCCUCAACUUUACUCGUGUCCUGCUUGAACGUUGUGGCAAUCGCAGUCUGUAUGCUAGCAGCGCACAUCUCAACCACCUACUCAACACUGUCUCUCUCAGCCUGCUCAAGAUCACUCUCCGUGUUAGUUUGCGCCUGGCCCAAAGAUACCACACAUCGCGAAUGCGCGUUGCAUCGCCACACUCACUCAACGCUCUACUAGCUGGCCAUUACAGCAUCAACCUAGACCGCAUCCAGAAACUCGCCAAUCCUUUUCCCAAGAAGCCCGUGGCUACACCCAUCUUCGGCCAAACUCCGUCCAAGAACAAGGAGAAGGAGGAUGUUAUCAAGCCUGGUGUCAAUACCUCCGAUAUUGAGUCUUUGGUCAAGGCCAAGGAUGUUCCACUGUCAUACAAGGAAGAGCUUUCCAGCGUACACUUGACCUACUACGACAAGACUGAUGCAUCUGCACCUGCAUCAUCUGUCGAGGCUCGAGCCCCUAACACACCUGGUUCGCCCAUGCCCCCAGUCACACCUACUCCUGUCCGCCGUACGUCAAACCUAGGCCCCGGCUCAGCUCGCAGUGAACGUAUCGGCACCAAUACAGACGCCCCCGAAACACCAGUACGACCGCAGCAAUUGGAGAACCCUUCAAGCGGGCCUAAGAUCUUCGAGCUUUCUUCGGCUCAAAUCUCUAAAGCCGAGCCUUGGAAGGUCAUGGAGGAGAACGUCGCAAAGGUACCUGAAGACAACCAGUUUGAUCUGCUUCAAAGAGUUCGUGUGGCUUCUGCAUUCCAAACAUCCAAGGCAGCUGUUCAUGAUCUGGUCGCUAUCAGGAUUCUGGCCAUCUCCAACUUGUCAUAUGUCUACGGCGAAACUACCUUCCAUCAACGCAUCGGUCAGCCAGAUUCUGAGGAGCCUCGUCGAACUCAACUGGCUCAGCAACUUACAGAUAUGCUUCAGCCUCCCAGCUCUGAUCAGGAAGAGAUUUCUCGUGAGAUGAUGGUGAUUGUUAUUCAAGCUCUCGAGGCUCUGGCCAAAUGCAAAUCCAAGACCACUGAGAUCGCCAAUGCUCUCAACAUCACUGUCAGCCAUGGCGUCCUCUUCUAUGUUCUCAGAAAGAUUCUUGCUACUCUUGGUGAUGAAGAAGCCUCUGGCCAAGACCACGAAUGGUGCAAGGAUGUCUUUGAUCUGGUCAUGACUCUCACUCCAGCAGCACCUCACCCACAACGUAACGCGGACGUCCUCGUGGCUGCUGGCUUUGUUGGCAUUCUGGUCGAUAUCCUUAAUCUGCGCACAAAGCAAGCAGAGAUUUACUUCCCUAUUGCGCUUGGCUUCUUCGAUAGCUUCAUCCACAAUGGGGUCAGAGAUGCAUUCCAGGCCAUUGUUAACGCCAAAGGCUUGGACGUCCUCGCUGAUCUUACUGCUUUCGAAGUCCAACGUUCGCUCGAGGCUGCUCAAAAACAACAAGGUUUACCUGCUGAGUACAAGACCAAGAUUACCGAUUUUCAAAUCCCUUUCAACUCACAGCAGACUCUGCGCCAGCUUCUGAAGUUUGUCGCUCACAUGUAUCAUCACAAUGUUGGCACGGACGAUCGCCUGCUACGUAAUUUUGUCGACUCGCCUCAACUUCUUGGUGCGCUUCGCAUCAUCUUCGAUAAUGCGCCUACCUUUGGUUCGAAUGUAUGGAGCGGAGCUAUGAACAUCCUCAGCAGCUUCAUCCACAAUGAGCCCACCAGUUACCAGGUCAUUGCUGAAGCAGGAUUGAGCAAGGGCUUCCUCGAAGCUGUUACUCAGCAGUCGAUCACUCCUGACGAAGAAAUGGCCCAAAAGCCCACUGUACCGCAGGUCCCAAGCAAGAACGCCCCUUCCGGAGAGACAUCCAAGGCAUCGGGCAUUUUGCCUGUCGGAGAGACCAUGCGUGAAAUCCCUACAGCGUUCGGUGCCAUUUGUCUCAACGAGAAUGGCAUGCGCAUGUUCCAGGCGUCCCAAGCUUUGGAGAAGUUCCUUGAGAUCUUUGAGAGCCCCGAGCAUGUCAAGGCUAUGGAGGAAGACGCUGAGGUUCCUCAGUACAUCGGUACCGCGUUCGAUGAGCUGGUCCGCCAUCAUCCUCAACUCAAGGAAAGAACAUCCAAUGCCGUCGUCGGCAUGGUUCGCAAUGUCAUGGCUAUCUGUCAACGUCGCGCGGAGAAUAAGGGUGUCGGUGCCAAAUUGUGGCUGCCUGGCGACAAAGAGUUGCACGACACAUCGGCAAUUACAGAGCCUGAGCUUGAGAGCGAUACCCUUGUCAAAGGCCGUGGUGGUGGUCAGUCUAGCUCGGACUUUAUCGCCAUGGUUUGCAGAUUCCUCGGUGGCUUCUUGAGUAAUCACAGCAUGGCAACAGCUUUCUGUGAGGCGGCAGGUGCUGAGAUCUUGCUGGACAUGGCCACUGCUGCUUGCAACCCAUACAACUUCCAUGAGACUCUUGCCCAGCAGGAGCUCAUUAGAGUUCUUCAACAACUGGUUGAGCACAAGGCUCAUCUCAUUCUUCCUUCUCUUGCUCGACGUACACAACUAGCUUAUUUCCAGCUGAGGCCACUGGCCGAGCAUGAGCCUGGCAAGACCUACUUCAAAGACCUCACCGAGCAGACCACCGACUCAAGCUCUCAGAAUGACCUUGCAGUCUCAAACGCAACAUACACUGCUAAGGCAAUGGUGCAGGCUCAGUUCCUAUGUCACGUUUUCUCUCAGGUUUUCUCUAUGCACGUCUACCAUGCUGGCCGUACUGUGCCUCAUCACUUCUUUGGCCAGGUCAACCUUACAGAUAUCUACACUGACUUGAUCGACGAUUUGGGUCAACUGUAUUCUUCAUGCGUCUGGGAGGCCAUCACGAUGCGCAAUAACAUGCCCGAAGACUGGAAAAAGCAAAUUCAUAUCUCUGGCAUGAGUUUCGACCAUAGUGAGGCCGACAAUGUCAUGGGACAACAGGACAACGAAGCUAAGAAGAUCGAGGCACGUAACACUGCACAAUUCAAGAACUGCCAGAUCCUUGCGUCGCUUUUCAAUCAAGUAUCCACUGGCAUUCUUUCUUUCUUCCAGGCUAUUGGCAAAUCACUGUUGUGGAAGCACUCUUCGCGCACCAUUCUCAGUGACUACCAGAAGCAGAAUGCAAGCAAGAUGGCUGAGCACCUGGCGCGUGCCUUGAUCAACCACAUUGCAACGCGCCAGCCAUCUGCUCUGUCAGAAGUUGACCGUGUUGCAUACGACAUUGUUGUUCUCACCUCGACGCUGCAAACUCUAGUUGACGAGCGAAAGACGACUCGCACUGGUGGCACACACCGUGAGGUCUUUUCCUUGGUGCUGCUUGCUUUCUAUCAACAGGGAGGGUUUAAGCAACUCGAAACCCGUCUACAGCAAUUCGGCAAGCUCAUUGAACAACACAAGGAAGCUUCCCAGGACACAUCCACUUCCGACCGGAUCACAUCAUCCAAGCGCAUUCAUGCUCUAGCACUCGCUGGUGUUGACAAGAUCCUGGAGUUCUACAACAAGAUCAGUCACUCCAAGAACAUCAUCGAUGCUCAGCAAACUAGUGUCAUGGCUGUCCGUGAUCGUCAAAAGAGCGACUUCUUCUUGGGUGCGCAGUUCGUGGUCGAGCUCCGCAACGCUGUCCUUCCUCAGAUCAGUGAGAUCUGGAAGUCAUCUGUCAUGGAGGCCCUGCCUGCGCACAGCGUCAAGUCGAUCAUAGAUCUACUCAAACUCAUACUCGAAGGCGAUGGCGAGUCACAGGCUGUGAAACGUAGUGAGAAUCUGAAACGUCGUAGAGCUGCCGAACCUCGCAAGUUCAAGAUUCGUCCAGAGUCGAAGGACGUUCUCACGGCGGAAGGCUUCGAGGAUGAAGAGCUUCUUUCCGAGGCAUUGUACCGCUGCAACAACAAUGUCAACGCGGCCAAGGAAUACUAUGUGUUACGGCGGGACAAUCCGGAUAGCCACAUACCUGUUUUCCCUCUUCCGGAGGCUGAGCAACCCGUUCAGGAAGCCUCUAACGACACCGCAGACCAACCAGCUGCAUCUGGCAGUGUGCCCUCCGUCGAGAUGCAGGAUGCAGACGAAGCCGGCUCAAGCACGCAAGACACUGAUGGCGAUCGAUCAGAGGCUGAUCUACUUCUGGGCAACGGUAAUCGUCGUUUGGUUUUACCUCCAGAUGUGCUUAAUAGUGGCCUUGCGGAAGUCCUCUCGAACGCUCUUGGCGGCGGAGAAGAACUGAUGCGUGCUCUUCCAGUUCACAGGCGGCCUUCAGACGAGGCCCAGAGACCUGCUGAUGUUGUGACAGAAGAGAGCUUUGUCACUAUCGAUGACCUCGAUGACAAGCGCAAGAGCAUCAGAGAGGGACUUAUCGACAGGUGCCUCGACGUUCUCAAUACCCAUACAGACGUCACUUUUGAGCUUGCGGACCUUAUUACAGCUGCUACCAUCAAGGCCGGCCAUGAACAGUCAUCGAAAGUAGAAAUUGGCGAGACUUUGGUUAACUCCCUCAUGUCUCUCACACCAGACGAGGACACUCCUCUCGAGGGCAAGAAGAUUGCAUCAUACGCUCAUCUGCUUGCACUGGUCAUUCAAGACCGCGAAUUCUUCAAUGCAUGUCUUGAUACCUUGACGGACAGCUUUGAACAGUUUGGCGGCUUCAUCAAGAUGUUCCAAGGACAGAAGCCGGAAGAGACGUCGCCUUGGGUCAGCAACGUGCUUCUCAUAAUCGAACGCGUUCUAGCCGAGGAUGAGAAACCUCAGCAAAUCCAUUGGACACCACCACCCUUUGAGGAGCCAUACAAGGAGCAAGACAUUGCUGAACUCAAGCCUCCAAUCGUUUCUGAUGAGAAAAAGGCCACCAUCUUCGACGCUCUUGUUGAGAUUCUACCCAAGAUCGGCAAGGAUGAGACCCUUGCGCUCUCGGUCACCCGCACACUCGUGAUUUUGACCCGCCGUCGCGCUCUUGCAAAGAAGCUCGGCGAGAAGCUGUCGAUCUCCAGACUCUUUGUUAUGAUGAAACAACUUGCUGGCAUUGCAGGUGAACGUCUCCAAAGCACAUUCCUCAUCUUGCUCCGUCACAUUAUCGAAGAUGACGAGACCAUUCGUCAGAUCAUGCGUACCGAGAUUCAAUCUACAUUUGAGAGCAAGGGUAUGGCUAGGAGCUACGACACGACGCUCUACACGAGGACUCUGUACCAUCUGGCACUGCGCAGUCCUGAGAUUUUCGUCGAAGUCACAAAUGAGAAAGUACAACUCUCGAGAUGGGACCAGAGCCGUCCUGGCGGUGCACAGCCCCUUAUGCUGAAGAAGGUGGACAAGCCUGUUGAAACUAAGGAGUCAGAGAAGCCUACCGAGGGUGAGACGAGCGCUACCACCGAGAGACCUACCAUUGAGCGUACCAAGACCGGUGAUCUUAAGCCUCCGUCGAUUGAGAAUCCUGAUGGCGUCAUACAGUUCUUGCUCAAAGAGCUCUCUUCCUACAAGGACGUCGAGGACAAGGAAGUGCAGCCUCCCAAGCCUGCUUCUUCUGAGGCUCCUGCUGUUGCUACUCCUUCAGACGUCGAGAUGUCUGACUCAACUCCUACUCCAGUGGCUGAGCCUGCGCCCGCUCCAUCCACUGAAUCCGAGGCUAAGCAGGCUGACAACAAGCCAGUUUUCAAGGCUGAGCAGCACCCUAUCUUUGCUUACCGCUGCUUCAUUCUGCACUGCUUGGUAGAACUCCUUGGCUCAUACAACAGGACCAAGAUCGAGUUUAUCAACUUCUCACGCAAGGCCGAGUACCAAGCAUCCACCCCUUCCAAGCCUCGUUCAGGUCUCCUGAACUACUUCCUCACUAGCUUGAUUCCGCUUGCAUCUUUGACCCAUCCCGAGGAUACUCCUUCGAAGAAGCAGGCUGCUACCGCGAACUGGGCAAUCAACACUAUUGUGUCCCUCUGCUCAAAGACCAACGAGCGUGCUAUCAGUUUGAAGAUCUCCGCCAGCGACGAAGAGUCUGAUCUUGCCUAUGUUCGCAAGUUUGUCCUGGAACAUGCUCUCAAAGCAUACAAGGAUGCCAUGGCAUCUUCCGAACCCCUAGAUCAGAAGUACGCACGUCUACUUAGCCUGAGCAACCUCUUCUACCGCAUGUUGACUGGUAAACAACAAUCUGGCAUCAACCACUCCUUGCUUGAGAUGGUGACUGUUUCUCAGAAGCAGCUUGGACGUUUCAUGUACGAGAAGAACUUUAUCACAGCUUUGACAUCUUCUAUCGCCGAACUCGACCUCAAUUUCCCUGGGGCCAAGCGAGCAGUCAAGUACAUUCUUCGACCACUCAAGUUGCUAACCGAUAUCGGUGUCACUUUGAGUAUCUCUGGAGACGUCUCUGCUCCUGGCACUACCGAAGAUGACGAGAUCUCUUCCGCCACCUCUGUCUCUGACGACGACAAUGAGCGUGAAGAGACUCCAGACUUGUUCCGUAACUCUACCCUCGGUAUGUUCGAAGCUGCAAACAGUGACGACGAUGAGGACGAGUCCGGUUCAGACGAAGCCGAAGAGUACUAUGAAGGCGAUGAGUAUGGCGAGGAAAUGGACUACGAUGAAUAUGAAGAAGGUGGUCCUGGCAUGCACGAAGGAGACGUUGUCAGCGAUGAAGACGACGACAUCGACGACAUGGGACCCAUUGAAGGUCUUCCCGGUGACAUUGAUGUCGAAGUCGACAUGGAUGAAGACGAGAGCGGCGAUGAUGAUGACGACUCCGAUAUGGACGAAGCCGAUUCAGACGAAGGCGACGACAUUGAAAUUAUCGACGAGAUUACUGGCGAUGACGAGAACGCUAGUAUGGAAGAAGAUGACGAUGAAGAUGAUGUCGACGAGGAUGAGGAAGAUUGGGAUGACGACGAUGACGGCGAUGAUCCGGUCAUGACCCUUGAUAUGGGCGGUCCCGAGCAAUACUUUGAGGAUGAGAUGGCCGAAGACGAUGAAGACAAUGAGGAAGACGAAGAUGAAGAAGUCCUCGGCUACGAACCCGAACAUGACGACCCUGAGAACGACGAAAUGGAGUGGGGAUGGGAGACGGCUGCUAUGCCUUCACACCAUGGAUGGCGCCGCCCUGGAGGUCCCUUUUACACCAUGGAAGAUCCCCCUCUUGGACUCCCUCGCUCUCAUCGUGGUGCUGCAGGUAGUGGCGAUCAAGAUGGCACCAACCCUCUUCUUCAAAGAACAGACCGCAACUCAGGUCUGGGUGCUCCGCCUCGUCCUGGUGACAUGCACGACUGGCUUCACUCACAUCGCCCUAGACCUGGUGGCCAAGAUGGACUCUCGUUCGUCAGUGAUCUUAUUCAGAUGGUUGGCCCUUCGGGAGCUAGAAUCAGCGUCGUUGAUGGCUCUGGUGGUCUUGGCUUCCCACCCGCUGCUCUUGCUGGUGCACCAUCAAGUGGUAGAGCUUCUUCUACCGACCCUGUUGCAGCAGUAUCGUUCACACCUACGCUUACUACCCUUCGUUGGCAAGAGGAGGCUCGCUUGUUGUUCGGUCAUCAACAUCUCGAGAGAGCUAUGAAGCUUGUCGACUCCCUUUUGCGUCUUCUUGUACCCCCUGCUAUGGAGGCCAAGCGCCAAAAAGACAAGGCUGAUGCUGAGCGCAGAGCCGCCGAAGAGAAGGCUCGUGAAGAACAGCGCCAGAAGGAAGAAGAAGAGCGCCGUGAGCGUGAAGCUCGUGAACAGCGUGAGAAGGAAGAGCGUGAAGCUAAGGAAGCCGAAGAGGCUGCAGCACGUGCUCGUGAGGCUGCCGAGCGUGGUGAGACCACAGAAGGCACCGAGAGCAUGGAAGGCGUUGAACAGCCUGCAGAAGAUGCCGCAGAAGCCGCACCUAGAGUCAUGACCAACAUCCGCGGUAGAGAGAUCGAUAUCACACACCUCGGUAUUGAUCUGGAAUAUCUUGACGCACUUCCCGAUGAUAUGCGCGAGGAGGUCAUUAUGCAACAAUUCCAGGAGCAACGUUCGCAGGAGAGAACCCAAGAGACCACUACUGGGCAGCCAAGCAGAUCCAGUGAGAUCAACCGCGAAUUCCUCGAUGCGCUGCCGCCGGACAUCCAAGCCGAACUGCUUGCUUCUGAAGCAGCUGAUCGUCGCCGACGUGAACGUGAUGAACAGCGCCGCAGAGCAGCUGCCAGCGGCAAUGCUGCUCCUCAAGCCGGUGAUAUGGAUAUGGCAGACUUCUUCGCAACCUUGAACCCGGCUCUUCGUCAGCAAGUCCUCAUGGACGCCGACGAUGGGACGCUUGCCGGCUUCCCUGCCGAGUUCCAAGCUGAAGCUCGCACACUCCUGGGCAACCUCCAACGUCAUCGCAAUGCUGGUCGUGAACGACGCGAAGCCGAUCGUGCUCAGGAUGAACAGGAAGCUCCUGAACCUGAGGAGCAGCGCGUGCGCAGACCUGUAAUUCAGAUGCUCGACAAAUCCGGCGUGGCCACUCUCCUGAGAUUGAUGUUCGUCGCCAUGCAGGACAGCGCACGAACCACAAUGCAGGCAAUCUUGUCAGAUAUUUGCAAGAAUACCCAAAACCGCGCCGAGGUCAUCAGUGUGCUUCUUUCCAUUCUACAGGAUGGAAGCGCCGAUGCCAAUGCUUUGGAGAAGAGCUUUGCACACCUCACUCUUCGUGCCAAGCAGAUGUCUGGACAAAAGACACCACAGCCUCUUAAGCGCAGUCUUACCAGCUCUCAAUUUGCAUCGCCUGGCACAGAUAUCUCUCCCCUGAUGAUCAUCCAGCAAUGCCUUUCAACCUUGACUCAUCUGGCCAACGAGAACCCUCGUGUCAGUUCGUUCUUCCUUUCUGAGCAUGAGACUAGCAUCAGUCAGAGAGCCAAGUCAUCGAAGAAGGGCAAGGGCAAGGAGAGCAAGGCUGCCAAGUAUCCCCUCAAUGCACUGCUUACUCUUCUUGACCGCAAGUCAAUCAUCGAGAACUCAUCUGUGAUGGAAGGCUUGGCUUCUCUCCUUAUCCGCGUCACUGAGCCUUUGAAGAUCCUCCUGAGAAAGGCAAAGGAUGCUGAGAAGGAAAAAGAGAAGGCUGCUGAGACUGCUGCCAGUGCAGCUACCGAUGUGCCCAUGACUGAGGGCGAAGCUGCAACCGCCGCUGACGCUCCCGCUGAGGCCGACAAGGCGCAAGAGCCUGCCACAAAGACGGACGAGAAGAAGAAGCAUAGAGACCUCACCCCUCCUGAAGUGCCGGAAGAGAACCUCCGCUUGGUCGUCAACAUCAUUGCUGCGCGCGAGUGCAAUGCAAAGACCUUCCAGAGUACACUAGAUAUCAUCAAUCAUCUUUCGGCCAUCCCUGGUGCCAAGGAUACUUUCGGCAAGGAGCUGGUUCACCGUGCUCAAGAUUUGGGUGAUGCCGUUCUUGUUGACCUUCAGCAGUUGGCUCCUCAGAUUCAGAAUGCUAAGACUAGCACUGAUAUUCAAGGCAUCGCUUUGGCCAACUUUUCUCCCGCAAGCUCGCACCAGAGCAAGCUGUUGCGUGUUUUGCUGGCACUUGACUACCUCUUCGACCCCAAGCGUUCUGGAUCUCACGACAGACAAGCAUCCACCUCAAGUGAGGCUCUACCUUCAAAGGCCCGCCAAGAUCUGCUCUCGACGCUCUACGAGACUUCGACGUUUGCUAAGCUCUGGUCUAAUUUGAGUGACUGUCUGACUGCCAUCCGUGAACGUGGCAGCAUGAACAACGUGGCUACCAUCCUUCAACCGUUGAUUGAGUCGUUCAUGGUUGUCUGCAAGAACACCACUUCCAAGGAGGUCAACCUUGCUGCUUCACAAGAGCUGCCAGGUAGUACCCCUCAACCAGACUCACGCAUUGAGAAGCUCUUCUUCUCCUUUACUGAGGAACAUCGCAAGAUUCUCAAUGAUCUUGUCCGCAACAACCCCAAGCUCCUCAACGGUACAUUCGAUGUGCUGGCUAAGAACUCCAAGGUUCUCGAGUUUGACAACAAGCGCAACUACUUCACUCGUAGAAUGCACACCCGCAACUCUGAGGAUCGCAUUGCUCAUCCCUCAGUUCAGCUCAACAUCCGUCGUGACCAGAUCUUCCUGGACUCUUUCAAGAACUUGUACUUCAAGACAGCUAAUGAGAUCAAGUAUGGCAAGCUCAACAUUCGCUUCCACGGCGAAGAGGGUGUCGACGCUGGCGGUGUUACCAGAGAGUGGUUCGCAGCUCUUUCCAGACAGAUGUUCAACCCUGACUAUGCUCUCUUCAAUCCUGUUGCCUCCGACAGGACCACUUUCCAUCCUAAUCCCAUGAGUGGCAUCAACGACGAACAUCUUACUUUCUUCAAAUUUGUUGGCCGCAUCAUCGGAAAGGCUAUGUACGAGGGCCGCGUUUUGGAUUGCCACUUCAGCAGAGCCGUCUACAGACGUAUCCUUGGCAAGCCAGUUUCACUCAAGGACAUGGAAACACUGGAUCUCGAUUACUACAAGUCACUCUGCUGGAUUCUUGAGAACGACAUCACUGAUAUUACCUUUGAGACUUUCUCGGUCGAAGUUGACAGAUUCGGAGAGACUGAGAUUGUUGACCUGAUAGAGAACGGUCGUGACAUUCCCGUUACCGAGGAGAAUAAGCAAGAAUACGUGCGUCUGGUUGUUGAGCAUCGUCUGAUCAAGUCAGUCGAGGCGCAGCUUGAACAUUUCUUGAAGGGCUUCCACGAGAUCAUCCCCGCUGAACUUGUCUCAAUAUUCAAUGAACAAGAACUCGAACUUCUCAUCUCGGGUCUUCCUGACAUUGACGUCGAUGACUGGAAGAACAACACUGAGUACCACAACUACCAGCAAACCUCACCACAAAUUCAAUGGUUCUGGCGCGCUGUCCGCAGCUUCGACAAGGAAGAGAAGGCCAAGCUGCUGCAAUUCGUUACUGGUACCUCCAAGGUUCCACUCAACGGCUUCAAGGAGCUCGAGGGUAUGAAUGGCUUCACCAAAUUCAACAUUCAUCGUGAUUACGGCAGCAAGGACCGUUUGCCUAGCAGUCAUACUUGCUUCAAUCAACUCGAUCUUCCUGAAUACGAGACCUAUGAGCAGUUGAGACACCAGUUGUACACUGCCAUGACGCAAGGAAGCGAGUACUUUGGCUUUGCCUAA